AUGCCGCCUCUUCAAAACAAUAGCAUGAGCAGUAUCACGGACCACAAUACAGAUACUACCCUAAAAGAAACAUCCAUGGCGUCCAACGGGCAUGAUGGCGAUAAGAGCAUAACAAAUAAAUACCCUGUGAUCAUUGUUGGUGCUGGGCCUGUCGGCCUGUUACUCGCAUUACAACUUGCUCAGAGCGGCAUCCGCUCCGUUGUCCUAGAAAAGGAGAUUUGCCUGAAUGAUGCCCCGAGAGCCAUUGGGUACUACGGGCCUAUCCACAAAGUCUUUCAGGAAAUUGGCUUGUAUGACCAAAUUGUUCGUGAUGGCAUGCCUUCAGGGGGGUAUGUAUGGCGUACCCUCCCAGUCGACGAAGAGGUCAACGGCAAGAAAGUCCGCAAACUUGGCAAGAUCAUCGGGACAAACAACAUGGGCCGUCGGAAUGCUGACGGGUCAUAUGAGCUUGGAAAAUACACAAUACAAUUGGCUCAGACAAAGCUAUCGAAACUAUUCAUCAAUGCCGGAGCGAAGAUUGGGCUCUCGGAGACUCUUUGGGGCCAUCAGGUCACAGCCCUUGAGCAGAACGACACAGGUGUGACCGUUUCUGUGCAGACUGUGGAUGGAGCCAACAAGAAAUUCCGCAGCCAAUACCUCGUCGGUUGCGAUGGAGGCCGGUCGACGAUUCGCAAGUUGCUUGGUGUUCGCCUCCACGGUCACUCCUGGCCCGAACGAUUCCUCGCAACAGACGUGCUGCGAACAGCGCCGGUAGUCCCAGAAAUACCCGUUCAUUUUGUUGUUGAUCCGCGCUAUUGGGCGGUAGUAACGCCGCUGGAGACUGUCGAGGCUGGAAAACCAGCCCGGCCAGGAGACGAUGACGACGAUAUCACCAACAAGCCACUCACGGAUGAGCAAGUCAUGGAACCAGACUACGUGAGGAGUCUCGUUGAGCGUCAGGUUGACAGCAGUCUCAAUGGAGACUUCGAAGUGGUGAGAAAGAGCCUGUAUAAGAUGCAUCAACUGGUGGCGAACACGAUGCAUCGAGGUCGUUGCUUCUUGGCUGGUGACUCGGCACAUAUCAACAACCCAAUUGGGGGGUUGGGCUUAUGUACCGGUCUGUUAGAUGCAGAUGCUCUACACCAGACACUGAAGAUUGCCUUUUCCUCCUGCCAGCCAAAUGAAGAUGGUCCAAAUGCCACAAAUGGUUCAAGUCACAACGAAAAUGGAAAUAGGGGCGAAACUAAUCAUGUUUGGAGGGCACAGCAGGAUUUUGAGCUGCCUGCGGGCAAGUUAGUAGACCUCAAUGCUCUAUUCAGCCGUUACUCGAUGGAACGCCGGCGUAUCUUUCAGAAUGUGAUCCACCCGAUGAGCUCAGGAAAUAAGCUUCGUCUUCAAGUCGGUAAGCCGGAAGAUGUCGCGAGGGAAGACUGGUAUCUUGGGGCUUUACGGAGGGGUGACCUUGAAGAAUUGAAAACUAUCCAUGGUCCUCUUUGGGAAGACUGGAGGACGGAUAUGUGGAAGUUUCAAUCUUCUUGGCUUUGUGACAGCCAGGACGAGAGCUAG